CAGAGAUAUCACCUCCAUUACAUUACCAAUUCCAUUACCGCCGAUCUUUGAAAGAAAGAGAAGAAAAAGGCACUCUCACUGAUGAAGAACCCAAGAUCCGAUCAGAGAUCUACCUUACAAUCUCUCUCCUUCUUGUCGCUCUAAACUCCGCAGAUUCUUUGAUCGAUUAUUAGCUGCAGAGCAAGAAGAUCCAUUUCAUCUCUUGUUUGUCUACGAGGUCAAAUGUUUUUGUUCAUUGAUUCCAAUUUGUUGGAUCAAUGUACCAUUUCUAGGGUUUUCUUGACUUCGCAAUUUGUUCGCUGAUUUUGAGGGAAAUUUAAAGUUAGGGUUUUUGUAUUUUGUCAAGAAAUUUGUGCGAUCUGGGGCUAGGGUUUAUAAAGGCUCGUCUUUGGGCCUGUAAUCGUUGUUUGUUGUGCGAUUGUAUGAAGAUUUGGUGUUGUUUCUGUUUUGACGAAGAAGAAGACGAUAAGAAACGGACAAUGAGGGGGGGAAUUUCCGGAAAAGAAAGCGAGGAUAAAGCCAAGGAUAUGGAAAAUUAUGAUUCUGAAGGUUUUUUGUUAGGGUUUUCGCUCGGGAGCCUCGAUGAGUUGCAGUCGCAGGUGCUCGAUGCGAGGCCGGAGCUUGGAGAGAGAGAAGACGGGGUUGGGGCUAGUGCCUGUGCUGGGUUUUCUUCCACAGUUGGGAGUUCGCAGGGUUUUGACCGGUUUGCUUCAAGUAGUGGUCAGGGUGUGAUGGAGGUUGAUUUGAGAUUAGGUUUGGGUGAAGAGUUGUUGCCCUCUUCAGCUGCAUUAGACAGAGAGGAAUGUGAUCGUGAUUCUCACAAUAAAAGGCCUAAAGUGCAUUCCUUUUCCCUAGACUGGGAGUGCCAUCUUGCAGCCGCAACUUCUUUGGAAACCGACAGUUCUAAUUUUCAUACGACAGACAGCAAUACAAAUGGAUCUUUCUUAAAAAAUGAGACCUUUUAUCUUUCUCCACUGUUAAAUGGUGCGGUUGCUGACAGUCCUCGUGAUUCUGUUGCUGGGAGAGAUGGAGGAGAUGCAUGCAGUAUUUCAAGAAUGGAAGAUUUGGUAGUUCGGAUGGAUCUUACAGAUGACUUAUUACAUAUGGUUUUCUCUUUCUUGAAGCACAUUGAUCUUUGUAUGGCAGCCAUGGUCUGCAGGCAGUGGCGGGCAGCAAGUGUUCAUGAAGAUUUCUGGAGAUUUUUGAACUUUGAGAAUCGGAACAUAUCUGUGCAACAAUUUGAGGAUAUGUGUCAGCGGUAUCCAAAUGCAAUUGAAGUGAACGUAUAUGGUGCUCCUGCUAUUCAUUUGCUUGUUAUGAAAGCAGUUUCAUCAUUAAGGAAUCUUGAGGCUCUAACUUUGGGAAAAGGACAACUAGGGGAAACUUUUUUUCAAGCCCUAACAGAUUGCCAACUGUUAAAGAGUCUUGCUAUUAUUGAUGCUACCCUUGGUAAUGGUAUUCAAGAUAUACCUGUAUACCAUGAUAGAUUGAGACAACUUCAAAUUGUGAAAUGCAGAGUGCUCCGUAUUUCCGUCAGGUGCCCACAACUUGAAACUUUGUCUUUGAAGCGCAGUAGUAUGGCUCACGCAGUGCUCAACUGCCCUCUUUUGCAUGAUCUUGAUGUAGCCUCUUGCCACAAGUUUUCAGAUGCUGCAAUUCGUUCAGCAGCAACAUCAUGCCCGCUUUUAGAGUCUUUGGAUAUGUCAAAUUGUUCAUGUGUGAGUGAUGAAACGCUACGUGAAAUAGCCCUUACUUGUGGUAAUCUCCAUGUUCUUAAUGCGUCAUACUGCCCAAACAUCUCUCUUGAGUCUGUGAGACUACCAAUGUUGACAGUUCUCAAGCUUCACAGCUGUGAGGGCAUAACUUCAGCUUCAAUGGCGGCAAUAUCUCAUAGUUACAUGUUGGAGGUCUUGGAGCUUGACAAUUGCAGCUUAUUGGCAGCAGUGUCUUUGGAUCUUCCACGCCUGCAGAAUAUAAGACUCGUCCAUUGUCGCAAGUUUGUUGAUUUAAAUUUACGAAGUAUCAUGCUGUCAUCUAUUGCAGUGUCAAAUUGCCCUUCUCUCUUGCGAAUUAACAUCACAUCAAAUUCACUACAAAAAUUAGUGCUGCAAAAGCAAGAAAGCUUGACAACUUUGGGAUUCCAAUGCCAAUGUUUGCAAGCGGUGGACCUUGCAGAUUGUGAAUCUCUAACAAAUUCUAUCUGCGAAGUUUUCAGUGAUGGUGGUGGAUGCCCUAUGCUAAAAUCAUUAGUUCUUGACAACUGCAAGAGCUUAACAGCUGUGGGAUUAUGUAGUAAUUCUUUAGUCAGUCUUUCUCUUGCUGGUUGUCGUGCUGUUACUUCUCUUGAACUCACAUGUCCUUAUCUUGAGAGUGUUUCUUUGGAUGGCUGUGAUCAUCUUGAAAGAGCAUCAUUUUGCACUGUUGGUCUUCAGUCUCUUAAUUUGGGAAUAUGUCCUAAACUAAGUGUACUCCAUAUUGAAGCACCACAUAUGAAGUUGCUUGAGUUGAAAGGAUGUGGCGUAUUAUCUGAGGCAUCUAUUAAUUGUCCUCUUCUAACUUCUCUGGAUGCUUCCUUUUGCAGCCAACUGAAAGAUGACUGCUUAUCUGCAACAACUGCUUCAUGCCCGUGUAUUGAAUCACUAAUAUUAAUGUCAUGUCCAUCCGUUGGUCCUGAAGGACUCUCUUCUUUGCGGCGGCUUCCAAAUUUGACCUCACUUGAUUUAUCUUAUACCUUUUUGAUGAACUUGCAGCCUGUUUUUGAGUCCUGUUUGCAGUUGAAGGUUUUAAAGUUGCAGGCAUGCAAAUAUCUUGAUGACUCAUCACUGGAGCCUCUUUACAAAGAAGGUGCUCUCCCAGACCUUUAUGAGUUGGACCUCUCAUAUGGAAGCCUCAGUCAGUAUGCCAUAGAGGAACUUCUGGCUUGCUGUACUCAUCUAACUCAUGUGAGCUUGAAUGGAUGUGUGAAUAUGCAUGACCUAGAUUGGGGUUUUAGUAGUGAUCGGCUUUCUAGCAUUUGUGGUUCAGCUGACUUGUUUUCUCAAGAUGAUGCCCACCUUCCAAUGGAGCAGCCCAAUCGUUUGUUGCAGAACCUCAAUUGUGUUGGUUGUCCAAACAUUAAAAAAGUUCUUAUUCCUCCAGCAGCAGGGUGCUUCCAAUUGUUAUCACUUAACCUUUCUCUGUCUGCAAAUUUGAAAGAAGUUGAUGUUGUUUGUCUCAAUUUAUGCUUUCUUAAUUUGAGCAAUUGUUGCUCCUUGGAAAUUUUGAAACUCAAGUGUCCAAAGUUAACUAGCCUCUUUCUUCAGUCGUGCAACAUCGAUAAAGAAAUGGUUGAAGCUGCUGUAUCACAAUGUAACAUGCUGGAGACCCUUGAUGUCCGCUUUUGUUCGAAGAUAUGCCAUGAGAGCAUGGGGAGGAUACGGGCAGCAUGCUCAAGUUUGAAACGCAUCUACAGCAGUCUCUCACCCACAUGAUGAUGAUGAUGGUGUGAUCUAAGACAAUACUUUCGUAUAUCAUUAUUUGCUUUGUUUUGUUUUGCAUGCUCUUAACUCUGUCUUGUAAAUUUGUGGCCUCCGUUUUGUUGUGGUGUUUGGCUUGUAUGACUACUACAUGUUCUGGUCUAAUAUAUGUGGUGCAAUAAAUUUUC